AUGAUAUCAUCUAACAAGUCAUAUUCCUGGGAUGAUCCAUACCUGUUUACUGCUCGCAAAUUUUACGAAGCUUGUUUAAAAGGUCCUUAUGAUUCCGCCGAUAAUGUUGGAAAUCAAUUACGUCAGUUAAUUUUAAUGUCAUUUGGUGAAUGGGAAUUAUUGACAUCACCUUCAACAAAUAGGACAAAUGCAUCUGACGGUGCUAGAAAUAUUCUAAAUUUGAGUCUGACUGAUAUAUACCUACCACUGUUAAGCGCAACAGGGCAUUCACCCUUGUUUUCAUUGGAUAUCAAUGAAAAGGAUAGAGCAAUUCGAGUUCAACAACUAGUUGAGGAAGUGAGAAGCUCCAUAUUUGAAUCAGUCACGCAAGCCACAUGGUUAGAUGACAGUACAAAACACUUUUUCAAGGACAAGAUUAAUCAAACCAAGGCUUUCAUUUUAUAUUCGAAUGUGAAUGGAUCAGAAAAAAGAGAAGAUCUUUCAUCAAUAUACGGAUAUCCUAUAAAUGCUGAAGAUCAUAUUUUAAAUGAGUAUUAUGCACAGAAAUCCAUAUAUUCAGAGAAAUUAAGAAGAAGCAUUAAAAAAUUUGCUAAAAUGUCGCUACGUGAUUCGCCAACUUAUUUACCUGAGGCCUACUAUUUAGCAAAUUUGAACCGCAUAUAUAUUUUUGCCGGAUUGAUGCAACCACCAUUUUAUGAAAAGGAUGAAGAUUCAUCCACCAGAUACAAUGGAUUGGGUUGGAUUAUUGCCCAUGAAUUUUUACAUGCUAUAGAUCUUAUAGGUGUUCUCGAAGAUGUUAAUGGGGAUCAACGACCAGCUAAGGAGUCUUAUGCUGGAAUGAUUGCGAAUAUGAAGAAAGCAGAUUGUCUACGAUCUCAUUACAAAAACCAUUCUGAUUCGUUUGAAAAGACUUUAUGUGGCCGUGUACAUAAGGAUUCACAACCGUACCACAAAUAUAACAUUAAUCACAUUCUACCUCAGUAUAGGGUGAUAGGUGCUUUGUCAAAUAUUGAAGAAUUUGCUAAAGCAUAUGACUGUCCAAUUGGUUCACCAAUGAAUCCUUUGAAAAAAUGUAAAUUGUGGUAA